UUACCACAGUGUUUUGGAGUCCAGUGGGCUCCGUGCUUCUUCUAGCAGGGCUUGCCCCACAACAUCCUGAAGCCUAAAGCUUUUGUUUGCAGAUAACCUAGGGGAAGCAUUUACAUAUGGAAAAACAAUGUGGUGGAGCUCAUGUCAUCUUUCUCCUUUGAUUCUCUCUGUCUGUUUGGUGGCUCUAACAGCUCGUCAGGCCAUGGCUACAGCACACAGGGAGCUUCAGGUGUUGCCUUCCCAGAGAAGAAGCAGCAGAGAUGUUAAUUCUCCGGCUCCUAUCAACUGCCAGCUGAGCCAGUGGUCAGAAUGGACUGAUUGCUUUCCCUGCGAAGAGAAAAAACACCGGCACCGGCGGCUGGUGCAGCCGGCAGGGUUUGCGGGGCGACGAUGUGUCGGGCAUCUCUGGGAAGAGCAAGCGUGCCGUGCCGAGACAAGCUGUGAUGGAACCCCAGGCUGCGGGAAGGACUUUCAGUGUGCGGAAACGGGUCGCUGUAUUAAACGGCAUCUUGUGUGCAACGGAGAACAAGACUGCAGAGAUGGGUCUGAUGAGGAGAACUGUGAGGAUGAAGACAUUGAAAUCCCUUGUGAACACCUGUUCCCAAUCCCAGGGUCUGAAAGAGCUGCAAGAGGAUACAAUAUACUAACCCAGGAAGAGAGCCAGUACGUAUACGAUCCUCACUUUUUUGGAGGCCACUGUGAGUAUGUCUACAACGGAGAGUGGAGGGAGCUGAAGUAUGACACCACAUGUGAACGUCUGUACUAUGGAGACGACGAGAAGUUUUUUCGCAAACCUUACAACUUUCACAUAUACCAGUUCCUAGCUCACUCUGAUUCUGGAUUCACUUUCGAGUUUUAUGAUGAUUCAAAGGAUCUGCUUGAUGCUCUUAAAAGUGAUAAAUCCAAAACAACAGGCUUUACCAUUGGAAUUGGGCCUGCAGGUUCAGCUUUCCAGUUAGACUUGGGCUUCACUUUAUCAGGUGGCAAAGGAUCCCUGAAGAAUUUCACACAAUACACUGCAAAGGAGGUUGGAUUUAUUAGAGGUGUGACCAAGGUGCAGACAGCCCGUUUCAAGAUGAGAAGAGACAAUAUUGUUUUGGAUGAAGACGUGCUGCUCUCCCUGCGGGAGCUUCCAGACACCUACAACUAUGGCAUGUAUGCCAAAUUCAUCAACGACUAUGGCACCCAUUUCAUGACAUCUGGCACUAUGGGAGGUAUCUUUGAGUACAUCCUUGUCAUUAACAAGGAAGAAAUGAGAAGAAAAGAGAUCAGCGCUGAAGAGAUUAGUGCCUGUGUUGGCUGGUCAAUUGGCCUGACCGUCAGAGAGAGUCAACUGUAUUUGGGAGCAUCGGUGUCAUCCUCUGACUGUGUAAAGAAAGGAUUUCUGAAAACUGAUGCUGAGACCAACAGUGCAGUUGUGGAAGAUAUUAUCACCCGGAUUAGAGGUGGAGAUACCAGUUACAGCGGAGGGCUCUUAAACAGUUGGGAUGGCAAUAUGUAUCGUCACUGGGGAAGGUCAUUAAAAUAUAAUCCUGCUGUUAUUGAUUUUGAGCUGCAGCCCAUCCACGAAAUUCUCCGCAGAACCAACCUUGGCAAUAUGGAAACCAAACGGCAAAACAUGAAACGAGCUUUGGACGAUUACCUGUUGGAGUUCAACGCCUGUCGCUGCGGACCGUGCCAAAACAAUGGUGAACCCAUUUUGGUGGGAGACGUGUGUUUCUGCCAGUGCCGACCAGGUUAUGGAGGUGCUGCCUGUGAACAGACCAGGCGCCAAGGUGGCAAGACGAAUGGGCGCUGGAGCUGCUGGUCCCAGUGGGGUCCCUGCCAGGCAGGCACAGCACAGCGCAGCCGGCAGUGCAACAACCCGGCCCCGCAGCGCGGCGGGGAGCCCUGCACCGGGAGGGAUGUGCAGAGCAGAGCCUGCUGAAACACACGGGACAGCAUUGCUCCCCACAGCUACGUGGUCCAAAGCAGUUUGGGGUCUGUGCUGGGCUGUGAAUACUCCAGGCAUAAUCCUGCAAUGAAAUUAUUAGGGAGAAGUAAUUCUCAAGGACUGCAUUUCCAUAUAUAUGGAGACAUCAUGGAUUUGCUGUGUAUUAAUAAAACCCAGCUGCUCUCCAAACCAUCCACUCUGGCUGGUUGAACAUAUACCUGGCUGCCCCCUUGCCCUCUUACCACGAGCUGCGGUGGGAGCCCCACCAGUUCACAGUGGCAUGGCUGCGAUACAGGAGGUGACGGGGAAUCCACAGGGAUGGCUUUGCUACGGGGUGCCCAAGGGGCUAUAACGUGUCAUUAAACAAAUUUAUUAAAAGU